CCUGUCUUUACUGAAGCCGGGUGUUUAGGACAGGUACUGAGAGAAGUAGGGACACACACACACACACACACUGUCUGGUCAGGAGCUCCAGUCGCCGCGUCGGGAAUGUUAUGAAUGACAAACGCCUUCAGGAAAUCUCUGUCUUUGUGUUUCGCUCCCUGCGUUUCUCUAGGGGUUGGGAGAGGGACAGGAAGAGGCGCAGAGGCACACUGACUCCGGACAAGCUCGGAGCCCACUCGCUUCUCGACUUUGCUUGUAGACACACACACACGCACACGCGGCAGCAGCAGCAGGAGCAAGGAUGAGCGGAGUGGCGAUCUACCGCUCAGUCUACACAGAGGAGCAGUUCGCCCGGCGCUUCGGAGGCUCCAGGGCGGAGGAGAAGGUGAGCCCGGGGCUGCAGGAGGUGGCCAGGAGGAGAUGCCUCUGCUCCGGCAACGCCGCCAAACGCUUCUGGACCAAGCGGCUGCCCUUCCUCACCUGGCUCCCGAGGUACAAGCUCCGGCGCUGGCUCAUUGGAGACAUCAUCGCGGGACUGACAGUGGGAAUCAUCCACAUCCCACAAGGAAUGUCCUUUGCUCUGCUGACCUCUGUGGCUCCAAUUUAUGGACUCUACACCUCAUUCUUCCCGGUGGCGCUGUACAUGCUGUUUGGAACGGGAAGGCACGUGUCCACAGGUACCUUUGCUGGGAUUAGUUUGAUGACCGGUUCCGUCGUGGAGCGCUUGGUGCCGCACCAGGUGGGAUGGAACGCAACGAACCAGGAAGACCCGGAGCUGGAGAAGCAGCGAAUCUCCGUGGCAUCGGCCGUGACCUUCCUCUCUGGGCUUAUGAUGAUCUGUAUGUUUGUGCUGCAACUGGGAUUCCUUUCCACCUACUUGUCCGACCCUAUCGUGAAGGCAUUCACCAGUGGGACUGCCUUCCACGUCACCAUCUCGCAGCUCAACACGAUGCUUGGACUGAGGCUCCCGAGAUUCACUGGACCCUUCACCCUCUUUAAGACGCUGGCAUCUUUGCUCGGAGCUCUCUCCAUGACAAACAUAGUCGAGCUGAUCAUUUCUCUCAUUUGCCUCGGCGUGCUCAUUCCGAUGAAAGAGAUCAACAGCCGGUUCAGACAGAAAUUCAGGACCCCCAUCCCUAUCGAGAUCAUCAUGCUUAUCGUGGCUACUGCUGUUACCUUUGCAACAUCACUUGACAAGUGCUGCAAUGUCCAGAUUGUGGGACACAUUCCUGCAGGAUUUCCGAGCCCUCAGAUGCCGGCUCUGGGCAGCAUCCCGAGUCUCAUUGGAGAUACCGUGGCGAUUACCUUCGUUGGCUAUGCUGUGUCUGUAUCGCUGGCCAUGAUAUAUGCGGACAAGCACAGAUACACCAUCGACCCCAACCAGGAGCUGCUAGCCCAUGGCAUUUCCAACACCAUCUCCUCCCUCUUCACCUGUUUCCCAAGCUCGGCUUCCCUGGCUACCAGCAACAUCCUCGAAAGCGCAGGCAGCCACACGCAGCUCGCUGGCGUUUUCACGUGUCUCGUUGUCUUGGUGGUGUUACUUCUGAUCGGUCCGCUGUUUUACUUCCUACCCAAGGCAGUCCUGGCUUGUAUUAACAUCACCAGCCUGCGGCAGAUGUUCGUCCAGUUUCAGGACCUCCCUCAGCUCUGGAGAGUCAGUCGAAUGGACUUUAUGGUGUGGGUGGUCACGUGGCUGGCUGUCAUCACCCUCAAUGCCGACCUUGGACUCGCCGUGGGAGUGGUCUUCUCCAUGAUGACCGUGAUCUACCGCACUCAGAGGGCUGACUGCUCCAUGUUGGGUCGAGCCUCGAACACUGAGAUCUACCGACCAGUGGGGGAGAACAGCAUGUGCCACGAAAUUCCUGGUCUGAAGAUACUGGCUUACAACGCUCCCAUCUACUACGGAAACAAAAACUUCUUCCGGGAUGCCAUGAGCAAGUUAAUUGGACUGACUCCGGAAAAGGUCAAAGCAAGGGCAAAGGCCAAGAAGAAAAUGGAGAAGAUAAACAAGAUGACGAUCGCCACCAUCGAAAAUGGCCUUCCACAAUCUGCCUGCUCAUCGGACAAAGACACGUCACCGGCAGGAAGUGAACAGGAAAGGAUUCAGUCAGUGGUCAUCGACUGCAGCAGCAUCAUAUUCAUUGACACAGCAGGAGCAAGACUGUUUGUUCAGAUGUGUAUGGAGUGCCAGAAAGCGGACUUGUGGGUUUAUCUGGCAGAGUGCAACAAAGAAGUUUUGAAAGUAUUGGCGUGUAGUGGCCUACUUGAUCACCUUCGUCCAGAGCAGAUCUUUGUAACAGUGCAUGACGCAGUGGUCCACCUAGAGCAAGUCAAGGAGGCAUCCACACAGAAAAGCACAACAAUUUGGGUAUGAGUGCGUGCAGUGGUUAAAGCAGGCACAUUACAAGACAUCACAUCAUCCCAUCUGGGCACGGUUAGCUGGCAAGGAUAAAUAGAUGCCCUGAAAACUGGAGCUCAGAGCAAGACUUAUUUCCUCAUCUAAAACCUGCAGCAAUUACAGAUUAAGUUGCAUUAUAUGGCGUUUUAGAGAUUGACCCAAAGUGGUCACUGCCCCCAAAAAUGGUUGUUAGGUUCAAAGGAAAGGUCACAACUAUAGUAGAAAAUGUUAACCUCUCGUGCCAACCAGACACAAGGAACUGCAGAUGCUGGUUGACCAAGGAAAAGCACAAAGUGCUGGAGUAACUCAGCAGGCCAGGCAGCUUCUCUGAAGAACGUUGAGAGGUGAUGUUUUGGGCGUGGGUUUAAGGUGAGGGGGAGAUUCAAUGGGAACCUUUUUACACAACGGGUGAUAGGUCUAUGGAACGAGCUGUCGGAGGAGGUAGUUGAGGCACGUACUAUCACAACGUUUAAGAAACAGUUUGGCAGGUACAUGGAUAGGACAGGGUUAGAGGAACUUGGGCCAAACUGGGACUAGAGUAGCUGGGACAUGUUGGCCGGUGUGGGCAAGUUGGGCCGAAGGGCCUGUUUCCACACUGUAUCACUCUAUGACUCUAUAUCUAUGAACCACUGUUUUUUUUUUUAGUUUUAGGAUUUAAAUAUACAGCGUGGAAACAGGCCCUUCAGCCCACCAGGUCCAUGCUGGCCAGCGAUCACCUGUAUGCUAGUUCUAUCCUACACACUAGGGGCACUGUACAGAGCCCAAUUAAUGACACCGGGGGCACAAUUACAGAUUAAGCAGUCUGAAGAAGGGUCUCGACCCGAAACAUCACCCAUUGCUUCUCUCCAGAGACGCUGCCUGUCCCGCUGAGUUACUCCAGCUUCAAGCUGUAUUGAACAUUUUGUUUAGAGAUCGACUCAAUAUGGCCAUUGGCCAAAAAGAUGGUUCUUGGGGAAAGGUCACACAUACGUAGAGAGCUUUAACCUCCCCUGGCAACUAUUGAAGCUGGACUCGAGGAACUGCAGAUGCUGGCUCGCCAAGGAAAGGCGCAAGGCGCUGGAGUAACUCAAUGAGUCGGGUAGCAUCUCUGAAGAACAUUGAGAGGAGAUGUUUGGGGUUGGGACCCUGUUUCAGACUGCUUAUGGGGAGGAAGAGAGGAUGUUGGUAGGUAGUAUGUUGAUGUAGGUGAGGAGAGUUUUUUUUAUAGGGACAUAGAAACAUAGACAAUAGGUGCAGGAGUAGGCCAUUCGGCCCUUCGAGCCAGCACCGCCAUUCAAUGUGAUCAUGGCUGAUCAUCCAGAAUCAGUACCCCGUUCCUGCUUUUUCCCGAUAUCCCCUGAUUUUGUUUGCCCCAAGAGCUAAAUCUAACUCUCUCUUGAAAAACAUCCAGUGAAUUGGCCUCCACUGGCUUCUGUGGGAGAGAAUUCCACAGAUUCACCACUCCCUGGGUGAAGAGGUUUUUCCUCAUCUCAGUCCCAAAUGGCCGACCCCUUAUUCUUAACAUGGCUGGACAAAGACAAGCGAUGAGAAGUCACAGAGUCAUAGAGUGAUACAGCUUCAGACAAACUUGCCCACACCGACCAACAUGUCCCAUCUACACUCGUCCCACCUGCCUGCGUUUGGUCCAAAUCCCUCUAAACCUGUCCGAUCCAUGUACAGUACCUGUCCAAAUGUUUCUUAAACGUUGCGAUAGUCCCAGCCUCAACUACCUCCUCUGGCAGCUCGUUCCAUACACCCACCACCCUUUGUGUGAAAAUGUCAUCCCUCGAAGUCCUAUUGGCACAUAAGGAUUGAAGAGUUGUGAAUUGUGAAGCUAGAGG